AUGGACAUGUUUGUGAAGGAAGAGAGGAAAACUCCGGCGAGACUUGUGGCGGCAUGUGGGUAUCGAAAAAUUGAAAUCACAUGGCUUCUUGGGAUAGAAUUUACCGGAGAAAUGGUACUUCCACCGGGUCAAUUAGCACUGAGAACAUGGACUACACCGGAAAACUACAUGAGGCCACUGAAAAUUGAGACAACCCAGAGGCUAGAAACCGGAGGCGGUUGCGUAAAGCCAGAGCCACCCGGCCACGGCCACGGCCACCGCCCUUCUAUCGGGAAAUUGGCUCUUACGGAUGGUGGAGCCGAUGAAGCCGCGAACCAUGAGGCCGAGAUGGCUGGCAUGGGAGGCUGUUCCGAUGGUGUUGGCUGCGACUAUGGUGGCAAUGUACGGCGUGAAGAUCCAUCUGGUUCUGAAGAAUCCGGCCGGCAAGCAGAAGGGUGCUCCGAUGGCGGUAGCGGCUGCGGCGAUGAGUUGUUGUCCGUGGCCAUAGUCAAGGUGGAGGGAGAUGGUGCCAAGUGUUGGUGCUGCAACAAUUAG